AGCUGUAGAUGCUCCAUGGAGACAAGAGACGCCAAAGUAGGCAUUUCAGGGCUAAAAGUUGGCUAAAUAAACAUCAUGACAUAUUUUGUGCUCCCCAAUUGGUGUGAAAUUGGCUCUUUGGGACCUUCAAAUUAUUUUUAUUUUCAAAGUUUGCUAGCAAACACGGUUUUAGCCUCCAGCUAACGCUCGUGUCUCAGCAGAGGAUGAAACAGCCGCAAACUGUUUCCGCUGCUAAAACAAAGUGUCAACAUAAAACUUUACACAUCGAAGUGUUAAAAGUAAUAUUAGUCAGACUACUUAGAUUAGUUAGAGUGUCAGUUUAAAGAUGUGGAAACGACGCGGCGGUCGCAGCUCGGCUCUGGACCGAGCUCAGGCGCUGCUGUCCGGCAAGAGGAGCAGCGGAGGAGCCGCCGAGUCUGUGGAGGAGUCUGCGGCCCAAACGCGGGGACACACGGGUGUUGUUGGUGAAUCUGUGAAAACCAGACCUGUUUCCCCAAACACACACCUGUUAUUGUCAGAUCUGAGCGACCUGUCCUCAGUCAGCUCAGCACCUGAACAUGGACCUGCUGACACCCUGGACUCUGCUGCUGCUGCUGCUGCUGCUGCUGCUGGGAAGAACCAGGGAAGAGAGGGCGACUCUACAAAGGACCUCAGACCUCAGAGCUCUCUGGGUGGAGGCGGGAGCAGAUUCCUGAAGAAAGCUCCACCAUCUGUAACCAUCAGCAGCCAGUCACCUGUCAGGAAGGGCCACAUCCAGCAGGACCCUGCACCCAGGAGUGUGUCGUCUUCCCAGCGAGGCUCUCAGACUGCUGCUUUGACGAGACUGGCUCAAAUUGAGAGCCGCAUCCGCAGCCGAAUGCAGGUUCAGGAGCCAAAACCUGCUGAGAGUCUAACCUCUGACCUGAGAAUCUCACCACCAGCAGCCGCCCCGACUCCGGAGGCGUCUGUGCAGCUCUCAGCGCAGCCCAGCAGUGACCAGAGCCCGAGGGGGAAACGUUUCCUCAAGAACAGGUCGGGCAAAGCUGCGGCUGCGGCUCGGCUAGCGGCUGCUCGGUCUCCAGAGGCUGCAGAUGUUGGUGUCAGGUCCAGGUCCAGGUCCAGGUCCAGAGCUGCUGAUGUUCCCUCAGCAGAGAGAGCUGUGAGUCUGGAGAGUGAUGAAGAGGACAUGAGGAAGCUGCUCGGAGACUCGUUUGACUCAAUAGACGACAGCGUCAACAUACCAGGGAGGCCGUCUGUGAAAAGAACGGCAGACAAGACGUUGAGCAAAAACAGUCGGAGGAUCCGCUCCUCACCUCCUCCCGCUGCUGUCCGUCCCUCCUCAUCCUCCAACACAGCACCUCCUCGCUCUCCUGCGUCUCCUCCUCACCGUAGUUCUCCUUUUCGAUUCACCGGUCAGGCUCAGGCCCGCUUCAGCCCCUCUGUGCUCUCCCCAACCUCCUCUCCUCCCCGCACCUCCCCAUCUCCUCCAGGGAGACCGAACUCCUCUCAUCACAGGGCGGGGAGUCCACAGCGCUCCCUGUCCUCCAUGUCCAGCCGCGGGGAGGUGGUCUCUCUGGAGGAGCUCUUCUCUGUCGGGCCUGAAGAUCCCCACAGCGAGGCGAGUUCAGUGACCUCUGAAGACUUCAAAAUAAAUGUUAUGACGUUAGACGACCUCGUCCCCGCUGCUUUUGAGUUUACUGAAAAAACAACAGGAAAGGAGAGAGAAGUCAAACACAGCACCCCUCGUCCUGGUUCUCACAGAGAUCAGCAGCAGUCAGGAUUGAAAGAGAAGAAGAAGAAAGAGGGGCCACAGCAGCAGGAGGAGGAGGAGGAGGAGGAGGAGGAGGAGGUGGUGGAGGACUACCAAAGUGACUUUGACAGUGAGAGCAGGACAGGUUACAGCGCCAGUCAGGUUUCAGAGCACCUGCAAGGAGACGGAGAUGAAGAGGAGGUGGUGUCAGAGGUCAGAGACGAGGACUCAGACGUGUCCCGCCGUGGGAGGACAGUGGACGAUUACUCGAGUGCCUUCUCGGACACAAGUCACUCCUGCACCUCACAGACGUCAGAUCACAGUCACACACUCAGCAGCAGCAGAGACUCCAGAUCGUAUGUGUCACGUGACAGCCGGACCUCCUCUCGCCAGUUGAGGAGGCGUUCUUGCACCACGAAGGUUUUAAAAGAGGCUGCAGUACAGACGCAGCCGGAUCCACUGGCUUACACCAGGCCCACUGGUAUUUUUGGUCCUGCAGUGGGGAUGACUUACAUGGAUCCCACCCCAGCGGUGACUCACACUGUCAGUGCAGAAAUGGUGGAAGCUCUCAGCACCUUCAACCCAGCUGCAUUUGCCCUCAAUGAAAUGUUCAAACAGCAGCUUGCCAUGAUUCAGCAGUUCGUGGAGAGCAACCGACAUCUUCAUUCCAGCCUGGUGCAGAGCCUGGGACCGCCGAACUACAGAUACACCACGCUGGAGGACACCAAGGAGUACAUUCGCAAGCACAGACCUCCCAAACUGACAGUGGAGGACGCCUUAGAAGAAGUGCUGCAGGAGAUGAGAGACAACCAUCACAUCUGAACACCGGUAAUGAAUGUCCUGGAUUACUGAACCCUACAUGUGUGGAACAAGGUUUUUUUUUAUUAAAACAAGUUUUAUACAGAAUUAAAUCAUAUUUUUAUAUUAUAGGAAGAAUAGUGGUAUUUUUGUUAAUUAAUCAUAAAACAUGCCGUGAUGAUUGUAAAAGCGCGAUCAUGUCAGUGUUUACAUUUGUGUCAAAGUUAAAAUCAUGCAGUGUGUAGCCUCUGUGCAUGAAUUGGAUUGUUUAGUAAAUUAAUUUUAUUAUUCAAUGACCUCAUUCCUGCUGGUGAAAUAGUGAAAAGAAUCUAUGUUGUUGUUUGUACACUCAGAAGAAAUAAUGACGUGUUACACCUUUAUGACUGUCCUUGUGUUGUAAUGCACAUUCUAAAAUAAAUCCCAAAAGAGGAAAUGCAGUGUUUGAAAAUUAUAUCCCCUCUGACAGUUUGAAAAAAAUAAUUAUCCUUUAACAAUUAACCUUAACUACAGACCUCUGCAACAUAUUAUUGUCUCGUAUAAUUUGGAUGAACUAGAGUGACUCACAAAUGUAUUACGCGUAAAGCUAGUAUUGUGGAACAAUAGAAAACUCAAACUAUAUUUUCUUGUCUGA